AUGGUGAUCGACCUGCACACCGACCUCUGCCCGCUCGCCUCUAAGAACUUCCUCAAACUCGCCAAGAUGAAGUACUACAACCACUGUCUCUUCCACCGCGUGCACCGUGACUUCAUCGUGCAGACCGGCGAUCCCACCGGCACCGGCGCUGGCGGUGACUCCGUGUACAAGUUUCUGUACGGCGAGCAGGCGCGGUUCUUUGAGGAUGAGAUCCGGCCGGGGCUGAAGCACGACAAGGUGGGCGUGGUCGCCAUGGCCAGUGGAGACACCAACCACAACGCCUCCCAGUUCUACAUCACCACGCGGGCUGGGCUGGACUCACUGGAUGGCAAGCACACGAUAUUUGGCGAGGUGGCGGAGGGGUUGGACACGCUGCAGCGCAUCAACGAGGCCUUUGUGGACGACAACGGCCGCCCCUUCAAGAACAUCCGCAUCCGUCGAGUGCACGUGUUGGACGACCCGUUUGACGACCCACCGGGACUCACUGACCUCAUCCCCGAUGCCUCCCCACCCAUGCCGCCCCCCACUGCUGGCUCAGACGUGAGGCUGGAGGACGACUGGGUGCCCAUGGAUGAGGGGCGCGCCGCGGAUGAGGUGGAGAGGGAUGUGCGGCGCAGAGAGGCGCAGUCCAGAGGCGUGGUGCUGGAGAUGAUAGGCGAUCUACCCGAGGCGGAGUUCAAGCCACCCGACAACGUGCUCUUCAUCUGCAAGCUCAACCCCGUCACGCAGCACAGAUCAUAA